AUGCCGGACAACACCCCGAGAAGCUGGUUCGCCGUCCCGGCCCCCGUCGCCGCCCUCUUCCGACGCUUCCCCCUCGCCGUCUACCCUGCCAACGACCUACCCCUCCGCAGUCCCUCCCGCGGCGACACGCCGACACUAUACGUCUUCAUCGCGGACGACGAUGCCCCGAGGGGCCGACCGAGCUUCAACCCCUCGUGUCUAAAGUGGCAGACCUUUCUCAGAAUCGCCGGCGUAGACUUCCACAUCGCCCCCUCAACAAACCACGCCUCCCCCUCCGGCGCCCUCCCCUACCUCCUCCCGCCCUCCCCUCUCCGCCCCAUCGCCGGCCCCUCGAAACUCGAAUCCUACGCCCUAGAAAACACAACCCUCAAGAGGCUGCCCGUGCUCUCCUCCUCCUUCUCGACCUCCUCCGCGCCCGACGCGGAGCUCAGGGCCCGCGAACAAGCCUACCAGUCCUUGCUGGACCACCGCCUCCGCGCCGCCUGGCUAUACGCCCUUUACCUCGCCCCCGCCAACGCGGACCUCCUGUCGCGACUCUACAUCGAGCCGGCCUCAAAGAACCCCGUCGUCAGGCUGACGCUCGCGCACCAGGUCCGCGCGGCGGCCGAGGCCGAGGUGCUGAAGGUGACGAGGAGCGCGGUGGUGGAUGCGAAGAGGGUACACGCUGACGCGCGCGCCGCGUUUGAGGCUCUUGCUGCGUUGCUGGGGGAGAACGGCAGCAGUCGAAGUAGUAGUCACUCGGAAAAGGGGGGAGAGGGUGGUGGUGGUGAGUGGUUCUUUGGCUGCGAGGGCCCGACGCUGUUUGACGCGUCUGUCUUCUCGUACACGCAGCUGCUGCUCGACGAGGAGUUUGGGUGGGUGGACGAGUCGCUGUCGGAGAUUCUGCGCGAGUUUCCUGCUCUUGUGAGGCAUCGCGAGAGGUUGCUGGAGAGGUGCUUUCCUGAUAGCGAGGAGGGGGUCUUGGUAUGA